AUGGGGUACCGCGGUCUUGCUACUGGCGGUCUAAGCGAAGAAGUUGCCGUGCUCGCCCACGCUGACGGCGUUGUCCGGACGCUUGCCAAGCCGCGGGCGUCUGCCUUUGAGGACUGGAUCGGCUCUGUGGGCCGAACGAGGAAGACUUUGUCAGCAUUGAUUGCUUUGCUCUCAGUGUUGUGCCUGGCUGGUAGUCUGGUAUCGCCUGCUCUUGCAUCGCCAUUGAUAUCAGCAUCACUUCGCAGUUACGCUCGCCAGGCCACGUCCACACUGCUGGAAGUCUUCCAGGUCUACCCUCCAGUCUUGACUGUCGUCCCUGACGGCACUCUCGAGAUCACCGAUGGCUCGUCGAACGCGACUGUCGAUAUCAUCGACAACCGCCGACCAAGCUGUCAAGAGAAACUAGUCCAAUACUCGUUCGCAAACUCGUAUGGAGCACCAUUCGUUGGUGCUUACGCGCCACCAUCCUGCGCAUUCAAUAGGGUGACAUGGAAUUUGACUGUCGUAACAGCUGGACGGCAAUUUGACAGGCUGGGCAUUGUCUACCUUGGCGAUAUCGAGGUCUUCCGCACAAGCACGGCGGAGCCUACGGCAAAUGGCAUUGAAUGGACUUAUCUGAAGGAUAUGACGAGCUACGUCUCGCUGUUCAAGCAAGACCAGAAGAUCAUCUUCGACCUGGGAAAUAUCGUCAAUGACAUCUAUACCGCAGCACUCAACGUAACCAUUACUGCAUCCUACUUCGACGCCCAAGAUUCACUUGCGCGAGCAGAUCUGAUACUCCCUGUAUCAUCCCGCCGAUCCUCUUCAAAUGGCGCAAGUGUUUUUACCGUACCAUCUGAUACGGCGUCGAGCCUGCUCAUACUGCCGCGCAACGUGCGAAAGGCAGUCUUCACGAUCGCUGCGACAGGACAGUCUGAGGAAGAGUUUUGGUGGAGUAAUGUCUUACAAUCAGAGGUCAACACAUUCCCGACUGCCGGAACACUCUAUGGAUAUUCUCCUUUCAGAGAGGUCCAGCUCUUCAUUGAUGGUAAGAUAGCUGGUGUUGCUUGGCCAUUCCCAAUCAUCUUCACUGGUGGCAUCGUGCCCGGACUAUGGCGGCCAAUUGUUGGGAUCGAUGCCUUUGAUCUGAAGGAAGACGAGAUCGAUAUCACACCAUGGCUCCCAGUUCUAUGUGAUGGCAAAGCGCACAAUUUCACAAUCCGUAUUAGUGGUCUCAAUGACAACGGCAAUGGAACUGCGACUCUGUCAGAGACCACUGAUAACUACUGGCUGGUCACUGGCAAGGCCUUCCUGUGGCUCGAUGCUCCUGGCCAUGUCACUACGGGACAAGGCCCAUAUGCUGUCACACCUUCCCCAAACAUCCAGGUGUCUUCUUCCAUUGGUACCGGCACGAAUGGUACGAACGAGACACUGUACUAUAGCGUUGGCGUACAGCGCAGUCUCUCCUUCCAGUCGACUUUGGCUCUGUCCCACGGUAUUGACACCGCUACAUGGCGCCAGACUCGAUCUUUCACAAACACCGGCAACUACACGAACCAGAGCAAUGUUGAACUGAACACGCAGCAGACGACUGGCUAUGAUGUCUCUUCAAGUGGCUAUGCACGACAUAUCAGUUACCCACUGUCCGCCUUGUCGACAUAUGCCACAGACGGGGCAAACAUAUCGUACGUUGCCACGGUCAAUAGGGCCAAGGACGUACAGACACUUGGUCAACCGGUCUUCCCAACAGGUCUGGAGUCGUUCGUCGCUGCUCAGGAGGUACAUCCAAACUAUCCUUCCUUCCAGGGGACAUCACUCUCGACCACGCAAAACGGGACAGCGAGCUUUUUCGAGAACACGACCUCCUUGGCAUCAUUCUCAUUCGGCUCGACUGAGCAGGAAAUGACUUUCUCAGGCAUCCAUGUGACUGGACAAUCGGGUCCGUACGGCUUCCCAACAGUCGCUGGCAGCCAAGAACUAUUCCAAAGGCAGGUUGCGGCAGUCAACGGGUCGGUCACGGUCGACGAGGAGACACUGGUGGAUCGUCCAAUUGAACAUUCCCAUGGAUGGGGCGGGAGUGGCCAAGGUCUGUUGCUCAGUCAAUCAGUCGGCGGUGGUCAUUGGCACACUCUGAGACGUCGUCAAGCGGUUUAG